AUGGAUAAGCAGCAACUGCAGCAGCAGCAGCAGCAGCACAAUAGCAGCAGAGAAGCAGCAGCAGCAAUAACAGCAGCAACUGCAGCAAUGUUGGCCGUUGCAGCUGCGGCGACCCCACACUGUGUCUCGCAGCAGGGACUAGCAGCAUUCAGGUGCUGCUGCAGCAGCAAAGGGAGCAGCAGCAGCAGCAGCAGGAGGAGCAGCUGCAGCAGCAACAGGAGCAGCAGCAGCUGCUGCCUCGCCAGAAACGCCAGAAGCAGCUCAGCGAAGGGCAGCAGCAAAACUAGUCUUAAAGACUAA